AUGAAGUUCACUCCCCUAUCAUAAUAAUCAAAGUCGCCCCAAAACGCAAAUGUCUUUAAGAGUGACACAGCAACUCCCUUGAAGAAAAUACUCAAAGCUAACUCUAAUUAAUAAUCACCAUCUCCAAUGAGACAAAAUGCCAAUAGAACAAGAUCUAAUACGGUAAAGGCUGAAUAAAAUAGUGCGAUUAAUCCUAAAAAAUCAUAAUUAAACAGCAAAAACGUUAAUGAUUGUAAAACUUAAUCACAAAAGAAGGUAUUCUCACCUGUAGCAAAUAAUAAGAAGGUUCGAUAAACACAAUAGUAACCUAAAAUAAGUACUUUGAUAGAUGAAAACAUGAAACUCAAGGUCCAAAUCUAAAUGCUUUAACAACUUAUCUAAGAGGUAGUUCCGGUCUUCAGCAAAAUUACAGAGGAUUGUCAUAAUAGUGUCAGUGAUUUUAAAACUUUGUAAGAUGAAGGCAAUACUCGAAAGAGUCUUGUUAAUAUUCAGAUAAAUCAGCAAGAUUUCUAAAAGAACAAGACUCAGGAGUUGAAGACUAUGAAUUCUACAGAGAGCUUAAUGAAAAGAUCACUUGAUUACGAACAGGUUGGAGUCAUUCACUAAUCUUUGCAGCAAUUACAGUCAGUACUAGAGCAUCGGUAGUCAUUAGGCUAAGUAAUGGAAAACGAAGAGAUCGAAUAUGACAAUGAAGAAGAGACUGAAUUUUUAGAAGCUGAGGAUCUUGAUAUGACAACAACUGAUGAGAGAUAAGUUAACUUGAAUAGCCCACCAAAUGGAUAUAUGAAGUCUGGCCAAGGAAGCAACUACAAUUAAAAUUUCAAUUAGUAGUUUAAAAGUAAUACCUAGCUCACCUUUGGAGGAAACAAUUCAGCCACCUAAGUUGAAAGAUAGCUGUAGUUAUUAUCACAAAGAUCUAAUAUGGCACAAACUUAAGGAAGCAAUUAAAUCGGCUAAAGAGUCAAUACUCAGAUGAAUUAAAAAACCAAGAUCUCUGACCUUAAUAAGCAAAGUAAAAACUACAACAUGCCAGUGAAUCUAGAUUUUAAAUAAUUAAAAAAGGAGAUCAUAAACUAUGAAGAACUCUAGCAAAUCUAGGUAAUGAUAGAUUAAAUAAGCAAUUCUGAUAUCCUUCAAGAAAUUAAGUAGUCAAGAAAGGCAACCAAUCUCAAGAAUAACUACCAUCGUAGAUCUUCUCAAAAUCAUAAUGCAAGCAACAUGAGUGAAAGUCGUAACUGCAACAUUUUAGAUUAGAGUAACUCAUCAUGCUCAGAAGCCAACCUAAGCGCAGAAUCUCUAAUGUCAGAUGAUAAUGCGAGCAUCCCCACUGACUCUUUGAUAACUAAGAAUGUAGUUUCAAAUCACCAAAUAUGCAGAUAGUCUGUCAUCAAGGACUUAAAUUAAUAGGUAUUCAAGCAGUUUUCAAUGCUGAACAACAAAAUAAGGAAUCAAGUGAGCACUUGCACUAUGAAGCCUGAAAUGAGAAAUAACAACCUUAUUUAUCCUAGUAACUUCAACUCUUGCCUAUCAGUUGAUUCAAAUGGAGGUAUCUCAGAUGCUUACUUUAGCAAUGAAUAAAUAGUCAAACCGUAGGAUGCCUAUCUUUAGCAUAAAAACAUUGCAGAAUAGCCAAAAUAGCAAAUGGACACCAUGAUUGACAUAGAUCCCAAUGACAAUGACAUUAUUGAGGAAAAAUUAGCGUAGAUUGAUAUUUCAAAUAGACUUAUCACUGAAAAUCCAGAAGAGCAAUAGCAAGUUCAGAGGCAAAAUUUAGUAAGUGAAUAAAGCCUCAAGGGUCAAAGUUCAGCAUCCUCCAGAAAUAACAUGAACUAAUACUACAAGGUUUAAUGCAUGCACAAAGACUAUUAGAAAAUGCAACUAGACUAUCCAAGUUUCAGUGUCUAAGAGCUUCACUGUCAAAGUUAAUCUAAGGAUGGCAACUUAUUCACCUCCAGUAUAUUUUUAACUGACUAAAUUGCUCUAAAUACCAAAGCUUGCAUUUCAAACAAUACUGUUGAUCCAGUCCUUCAAAAUUUAAUGAUAAAUGAAAGCCCCUUGAGAGAAGCCUGUGUCCAGGAUUCUCUCUAACAUUCAGAGAAAAAAGACUUUAAGCAUGCUUUAGGUCAUGAUGACAGUCAUAGAUAUUUGGCUGGGCCUAUUGAGAACUUUACUCGCAAUAAUAGAUCAAAGCUUAGAUAGAAUAGAAGCACUGGCAAAGACAAAGAAAAUCAGUCUUCUAGAGAAAAAUCCUUAGUGUCCAACAUCGGUGCUGAAAAGUUCAACAGUGGGAACACUGAAAGUACUCCAGCACUUUAAAUCCUUAACAUAAACUAAGAGAUCAGACCAGUCUAGGAUCAAAUCUCUGCCAGAUCAUCUCACAUAAAGAUUGUUCGUAAUUCACUCUCAAGCCAUAGAAGUGCUUUCUCCUCUAAGAAUAAUAGUCCAACCUAAAUUAAAAAGCAGACUCUUAGAUGUAAAGUAAGCAAUGGCUAGACUUAUCAAAAUACCCUGCAGCAGUCAUAUAACAGUUAACAGUGUCAGAAGUCCUUGAAAAUGCGUUAAAUCCUUUAAGACAAUCAGUAAGUGACUAAUUCCUCUGACUAGCAUUGCAAAUGGCAAAGUCUAGAGGAAAAAGAGAUGAGCUUAGUCACCUUGAAUAAGAAGCUGAUUCAGAGAUCCUAGGAAAGCAAGGCUAGUCUUUAGGUUAGCAUUAAUGAGGUGAAUUGUUAAUUCGAUAUGAUUAAUUAGCUUAGCAUCUCGCCUUAAAAUAAGCUGAGUGAAGUCAAGAUCAUCCAGACUUAGGGAAAACUCAUUCAAAAUGAGGAAAGCUUUGAAGCCUCUGAGACUACUACAUUCAACCUGUCAAUCAACAAACAUAACAAAUAAAAUGAGACAUUCUAACAGCAAAACACUUCAAGUUAAGAGCAAGAAGUCAAAUGUGAUUUAGUCAUUGAGAACUUCUUUAUUCAGCCAAUCCUAAAUGAAAGAUUAAAUAGCGCUGCCUCAAAUAGGAGAAAUAUAUAAGACAGUGCUGAGAUCAUUGAUCAAUUUUCAUAGGAGAUUUUACCUAUUCAGACUCCUUCUCUACCGAGUAUUUAAGUGAUGCAAGAAAAUUUCACCGAGCAUGCCUUUAAUCAAACAUUCAAUGCUAAUAACAAUAUCAAUAAUAAUGCCAGUUAAAACUUACCUGCUUCAUCUUACAUUAAUUCAGGAUCAGGUGCUGGUGUUUUAAAUAUUCAUGAUACAUACUAGCAAAGUUCCUUACUUGCAAGCAUUUAUCUCAAGCAUGAUGGUUUAGGCAAUACUCUUGACAACAACAAUAGUGUGAGUUAGAGACAAGAAAGCUAGCAAAGAGAGAAAUUCAUCUAGGAAUACAAGAUUCACCAGAAAGUGCAGUUGAUUCAUGAACUUGAUAGACUCAGCACUCCUUCUCCCAGAAAUAUUAAAGAUGUGAUUCAAUCUCAAACACCAUUUGAAGUAUUGCAAGAAAAACUUGGCUCUCUGGAGAAUUCAAGACUAGUAAGAGAAGAAAGCAUGCUGAAUGACCACUUGAACACUUCUUCAAUAAAUGAAGCUCAAGGAGAUACCUAUGGAGAUAUCAGAGAGUGCACGCCUGAGACUGAAACUCUGAAAACCUCCCAUCUUGACCAACUAAUGAUGGAAUAUCUCAAGGAUGCUUAUUAAAGACUCUAAGAGAGAAAUAGUCUAGGUUCACAGCAAUUUGAUGGAGGCCUCUAAAGCUCUCAAAAAUCUCAUAGAUCAACUAUCUCACCCACCAGAUAUCAGAUUAACACGAAUACUAAUCAAUCGUCUCAGGAUUUCGUUGAGAUUUGUGCUAAUGAGGUGAGAGAUGAAAACCAAAGAAUACCCUUUAAAAGCAACACAUCUUAGCUAUCAAAGCAGCACUUCACUAUCUACGAAUACGCUUCGUAAAAUUCAAACUCUAACUCAAACUACUUCUCUAACUUUAAGUCAUAGCCAGAUACUGUUAAAAUUCUCAAUGAUUCAGGAGAUGAAUCUCCAAGACUGAUUGACUUGAAAGUAGUUGAUCAGGACUUUGUGGACUAUAAGGAAGAAGUUUAGUCUUAAAGGAACUAUGAAAACAAUCGAAUGCAAUCAAUUCAAAGUAUUAUUAACGAAGAGCCUUCUCUCGAAGAACAAGAAAGCAAUGCCUUUCAAAAUAAAAACAGCCAAAAAUUCAGUCGAAGAGAAAGCGAACGAGCCUCAUCAAGGAUCUCUCUUACAUAAAUUGAUAUGGUUGAGAGUGAAAUGUUCUCUCAGAAUCUAAAUCAGCAGAGUGUAAUCGGCAGCAGUAACUGUUAAAUGGGUUCUUUUUCAAGACCAAAUUAAAGCAGUAAAGCUUCUCAUGUUGCCAUGAAUCAACAACAAGAUACUUUAAGCAACUACAGCUCUAAUCAGUAUAAAACCCCACUAAGGUAGUUGAUGUACAGCGAAUCCAACUCCAUUUGCUAGGCUAAAGUUUCACCAAACACUAACUUCAACCAAUUGUAUGGAAGCAUUAGCAGUUCCUGCUAAAACUUUGAUGUUCCUGUCAUUUUAUAGCAAAGUUCAUGCAAAAACUCCAUCCUCUUAAAAAAUAAUUUGCUAUCGCCAGUCUUGAAACAAGAUAAAUCAAGUUCAAAGUCUCCAAUAAGACUUAAUUAAGAUGUUUCUAAGAGCCAAGAUAAACUUAAUGAAAUGAAGUAAUAGAUACACUAGUAAGAGAGUCAAAACAACUACUACUACCAAGGCUAGAUUCAAUUCAAUCAAAAGAGAGAUGAGAGCAAGCAGAAUUAGUAGGAUUAUAGCAUUGACAACUAAAGAAGAUAGAUUACUAUUCAGAAGUCAUUAUCACAUUAAAAGGUCUAGCAGUAGUCUCAAUAGAACAGUCUUAUUUAAUCAAUCAAAACUAAAACUAAUAGAAAUCAAGAUAAAGCUUAUCAAUCUAGUCAUGUUCAAAGAAAAUACUAAAAAGAAGAUAUGAAGCAAAAAGAACUUGAGUAGAGAUUUAAAGAAAAAGAGGAAAAAAUACAACAAAUACUGCUAAAGAAAAAAGAAACUGAUGAGAGAAUUCAUCAAUAGAAGCUUUAAAGAGACGUGAGCAGAUCUCAUAUUGAUUAAUAAAGCACUAGUGUCAGUAGGAAUACUGUCUAAGGCUAAAACAAAUCACAGACUAGAGUUCCUGAGAUAAUUUCCAAUAAUAAUAAUACAAUUGUUACUAAAAAUCAGCCAUCAAGUAUAAGUUUAUCUAAAGGGUAAAAUCUAUUAGUCAGAACUCCUCAGAAGAUAAUACUUUAGAAGUAAACUAAUGUUCCAAUAAAGGAAACUUUUAGUAUCUCAAGCUCGAAUCAUCAAAGUAGAUAGAGACUAAUACCUUUGAAACAGUGCUCUAAUUAGUAGUCUAUGAAUCUACUCUAAACAGUGUUAAGCGCUACUAAGCUUGGAACUGAUGACACUCAGCUGAAAACUCUUGAGACAAAGAAUGACAACUCAAUGAUGAAAGACCAGACAAAUAUUAUCUUUGACACCGUAGGAAUGUCCACCUUCGAUAGCUAGCAAAAUAGAGCCUAGGUACCUAACCAAAAAACUGAAAGAGUAACUAACUACAAAAAUAGAGAUGCUAUGAGUCCUUUAACUGUAAGAGUUGAUCCCAUGACCAGACAGAAUGAAUUUUUCCAAAAACUUGAAAACGAUUCUAAGUUGAGACAGAGUCAGAUCAAGAUUCAGCCCUCUACCAAUAAGUUUGAAAGACUCACACUCAAUAAAUUAAAGCAGUAAUCAGUCCUGUGA